AUGUCAAUUCCAAGUGAUACCCUUCCCUAUCAAAAUGCCGGUCUCUCAAUUGAUGAUCGCCUGGAUGAUCUCAUUGACCGGAUGACGAAAGACGAGAAAGCCGCUGUUCUGUUCCAUGACAUGAUCGUCAUGGGCCAAGACGGAGCUCUUGCGCCAGCAGUCGCACAGUUCAACAUUCCCAGCAACUCAGAUCUCAUCAAUCAGAAGCAGAUGACACAUUUCAAUCUUCUGGGUCCAAUAAAAGAUGCCCGAACAGCUGCAAAGUGGUAUAACAACAUCCAGCGCGAAGCCCUCAAGACACGACUGGGUAUUCCUGUGACAAUAUCCACCGAUCCGCGCAAUCAUUUCACCGACAACGUGGGCACCAGCUUCGAGGCAGGCAUCUUCUCACAGUGGCCCGAAUCACUCGGGCUAGCGGCGCUACGGUCUGCCGAUCUCGUUGAACAGUUCGCCGACAUUGCCCGGCAGGAGUAUCUAGCGGUCGGGCUACGACUGGCCUUGCACCCGCAGGUCGAUCUAGCUACAGAGCCGCGUUGGGCGCGCAUCAACGCUACUUUCGGCGAGGACGCAGACUUGACUUCGGAGUUGGUGGCUGCGUACAUCCGCGGCUUCCAGGGAGCCGGCCUGGGGCCACAUGCUGUGUCGACGAUGACCAAGCAUUUCCCCGGAGGUGGACCCCAGAAGGAUGGGGAAGACCCGCACUUCACGUAUGGCCGUGAACAGGUUUAUCCGGGAAACCAAUUUGAGUAUCAUCUGAAGCCGUUCAAGGCUGCUAUCGCCGCGGGCGCGGCGCAGAUGAUGCCGUAUUACGGGAUGCCAGUCAACACGUCGUAUGAGGAGGUGGGCUUUGCUUUCAACAAGCCUCUCAUUACGGGACUCUUGCGCGAAGACUUAGGGUUCCAGGGCAUUGUUGUUACGGAUUGGGGGCUGGUCACCGAUAAAGCCAUUUUUGGCGAGCCCAUGCCGGCAAGGGCAUGGGGCCUUGAGCACCUCUCUCGAUCAGAGCGCAUUCAGCGCAUCUUGGAUGCAGGAUGCGAUCAACUGGGUGGCGAGUCUUGUCCUGAGCUGCUCGGCGAGCUAGUCGCCAAUGGUCAGAUUACUGAACAACGGCUAGACCAGUCAGUUCGUCGUCUUCUGCGGGAGAAGUUCCUGUUGGGCUUGUUCGACGAUCGCUUCGUGGACGAAGAUGCCGCUGCGCAAAUAGUCGGCAAGGCGGAGUGGUGCAAGUUGGGUGCUGAUGCGCAAAGACGCAGCUAUACUUUACUGACUAACUCCAACAAUUGCCUGCCACUAUCGCACGCUCAUCUCCACACAGCUAAGCUUUAUCUCGAGGGCAUACCAGCAGAAGCUGUGGAAGCACGGGGUCUAAAGGUGGUGGAAGACCCCGCUGACGCCGACAUCGCUCUGUUGCGCCUAAAAACAGCAUAUGAACCUCGUCCCGGCAAGUUUGAGUCGAUGUUCCACGCAGGCUCCUUGGAGUACAGUGAAGAGGAGAAAGCCCGUCAAGCAAAGGUUUUUGCCGCAGUGCCAUCGGUCAUCGUGGAUCUCUACGCUGAUCGUCCUCCGGUGGUACCGGAGAUUAUCCGACAGGCAUCUGCAGUCUUUUUGUCGUAUGGAAGCUCGCCCGAUGCCUUCCUGGAUGUCGCACUAGGAGUUUAUGGCCCUGAGGGUAAGUUGCCCUUUGAUCUGCCUUCGUCCAUGAAGGCGGUCCAGGAGUCAAACUCGGAUACUCCAUAUGAUACUCAGGACCCUCUCUUCCGAUUUGGCCACGGUCUUCGGUAUGGUGCUUGA